AUGGAAGAACGAAGAGGAGAUGGUUUUUUCUCUGGUGGGUUUCACAGGCCUCGUCAUGAUCACCAAUUAUAUCCGUAUAAUUAUUCGAGUAGACGACCAGCUUCUCGUCCACCAUUGACGGCCAUAGACAGAUUCUUGAGCGGUCAGAGCCAUUUGAAUUCUCAGCUAAUUCAGUAUCAAAACAACACGAAGAACAGCGAAAUACCGCUUGUUUCGACUGCGAACGGGAAUUUAGGUAGUUCUUGGCAAUAUAGUAUUGAUGAUAAUAUUCUUCAUGAGGAAAGCUUCUUUGGCGGUCUUUUUGUUGAUCAUGAUGGAGAAGCUUCUACUGUGAAUAGGACAGUAGUGCAAGAUCAGAGAAACGGCGAUACGUGUUCAAAAGGAGAAGCGGAGUUUGUCGAGAAUUAUAGCUGUAAAGAGAUGGGAAAGAGAGCUGAAAAAGGUUCCUCUUCUGCGGCUUUAAUAAAAGGGCAAUGGACAGAUGAAGAAGACAGAAAACUGGUUAGGUUGGUGAAGCAAUAUGGUGUGAGAAAAUGGGCCCAGAUAGCCGAGAAGAUGAUCGGCAGAGCCGGGAAACAGUGCCGAGAGAGAUGGCAUAAUCAUUUACGCCCUGAUAUCAAGAAAGAUAGCUGGAGCGAAGAGGAGGAGAGGAUUCUAGUUGAAGCUCACACGGAGGUCGGAAACCGGUGGGCGGAGAUCGCAAAACGCAUUCAGGGAAGGACCGAAAACGCGAUAAAGAACCACUGGAACGCCACCAAGAGAAGGCAGAAUUCAAGGAGGACGAGCAAACAGACAGUAUCCCAACAGAAGGGAAAGCCUCAAUCCUCUAUACUCCAGAAUUACAUCAGAAGCAAGAGUCUCAACAAUGUGAGUUGUACUCCUAAUACUUCCACCAUUUCCAACACUACCGCCAGUACUUCAACCCUAAGUACUACCGAAGACCCCGCCUCAAACAAGUAUAUGAUGAUCAGCAAUACAAACGACAACAUUAAUGAUCCAACGGUGCUGGAUAAUCCAUCAGAAUAUUCUAGUACUGCUUCUGGCGCUGAAUCUCCUUUACUAUUCCCUCAGACGUACGACGAUGAAUUGCUUUUCAUGCAGAACUUCUUCACCAACAAUAACAAUGACAACCAGUACUACAAUAUUCCGCCACUAGUUGAUCAGAAUGUUGCCUUUGGCUGUUGCGCGGACAAAACCGACGGUGGUGAUCAUGCCAAGGAAAAUAGCAGCUUCGUCUCUUGCGCUAUUUUUCCAAACAAACAAUUAUCUGCUAAUUCUAAUUCAGAAGAUUUUCAGGCUUCUUGUUCUAGUACUAUUCCAAACAGUACUACUCACCUUUAUUCUGAUCUCUACCUGUCUUACCUGUUGAAUGGAGUGCCAACUUCUUCAUUAUCUUCUAUCGCUGAAAAUGAUAACGCGGAUUCGAUCAAAGUUGAUGAUCAAUAUGAUCAAUCUUCUUCCUCCUCAAAUGGAAAGAGAGAUAUGGAUUUGAUAGAGAUGGUUACUUCUUCUCUCUUCUCCAGUGCUAAUAUUUAA